AGCAAUACAUUUAUAUAGAGGGACAACGCCUAUGCCUUAUUAUGUAAUGAUUCUAUACUCCCACACACACACACACACCACACACACACAUACACAUGUUUUUUUUGUUUCGUGUGAACAAAAAUGUCAUCGCUUUUAUAGCUUAUUCCUUUUUUGGUAUAUACCGUAUUUUAACCUCUUUUUUUUUCUUGUAUAACUCAAAUAUCAUCUGUUACUUAUGUACGUGCACAUCUUUUGACUUCAUAAUCUAGUUUUUAAGAAACUAAAUGACGAUACAAAAAAAAGGUUUAAAAGCGUUUGCUAAAUCAUUUGCAUGUUCAAAUGUUUGCAUUAAUAUUGAAGAACAUAGUAGCUUUUCAUCGUACAAUGAAGCAAACAAUAACGAACACGAAACAGGCGUACAAGUGGAUCACGAUAGUACCGGUCGUUGGCCAUUACAAAACGUUAAUUCAAAUCCAACAUCCAGCACAAUGGUCACAGCAACAGCAUUAGCUCUACCGUCUGAUUCAUCUCUCGGUCGAAAAGUAUCAAAUGCUUCGACAACUUCAUCAGGUGCCUAUUCAGAAUUAUCUCGUUCAUGCGGCGAAGAAUCGAUGGACGCUAGUCUUUAUUCACAUUUUGUUAUUAAAUGUAAUUUAAAUUCACCAUCAACCACCACAUUUUCAAAAGUACCGCAGGCAGCUACAGUAACAUUUUCACCUCGAGUUAAAGUAACAUCACAUCAACCAGCUAUUCUUGUUCAACAACAAACACCAACGGCUACUAUACGAACAUCAAGAUUUGAUCAAACAUCUGUGUCCAGAUCACCGCCACUAUCCGUGAAGCAGAAUGAUACGUUGCCUCUAAAAGAGUAUGCUCGAAUGAAAACGUCCCCAAAUUUAACAGUAAAAAGCUAUGAGUUUUCAUCAGCUAGCGCACCAGAAUUUUCACUCGAAGGCGAUGGUGAUAAUGAAAAUGAGGAUGAGGAAGAUAAUGACGAUGCUAUUGACGAAGAUCAAAUGAAUAAUAGUAUGGACGAAUAUAAUAAUAAAAUUCCAGCAAGUGCCAGACAAUCAUCACAAUCAAAUCCAUCGCCUCAAGUACGAAAAAAAUCAUUUGAUGGUACAAAUAAACGAUCGCUGCCAAGAAGUAAAAGUGAAGUGAACGCAAUACCACCAUUACUGGCCAAUCAACAAAUUCAAAAUCAACCAAGAACAACGAUUUCAGACAAAAAAACAGCUUUAUGUGUGACUGCUUUAGCACAAACAAUACAUUUUAUAAGAUAG